UCGCGAUUUUCCGCGGGGAAGGAGGUGGAGGGUUUCGCCUUUCUCUCGCAGUACGCGGUGUUGAACCUUCUGGCGGCGGUCGGGCUCGCGGGGGCGGGGAGCGUGCUCCUCUACACGCUCAAUAAAGGGGAGAGCAUCUUGUGGGAGAGCUUGAAUGGAUACGUGGAGGAAGAGGCUGGUAAUCUCUAUACCCAAGUUUGGGACAGGAUGCAGGGAAACGAUGAGUGUUGUGGGAUCGAGGGCCCCGAAGACUGGGUCAACUCUACUGCCAUCAUUGCCGGCGCGGUUCCGAUAAGUUGCUGCAAGAACCAAAUCAAAUGCGACACGGACAAUGCCACGAGCGAGCACAUUAAUCAGGUCGGGUGCCUGAGAAGUUACUUGGAGAGGCUGCGGGAGUGGAUCGAGGUCGGCAGGCCGGUGACCAUGGUGGCCAUUCCCAUGUCCUUGGUCAUGGUCUGUUUUUUUUUUUGGGCC